AUGGCUGAUUCCGCGACGAUUGCCAGAGCAUAUGACUAUGCGAUUGGUCAACCGCCACUGGCAUCCCCUCAGGUUUCUUCGUUGGAGCAGUUUCGGCGGAUUGUGGCAAAUGUAAAUGAACAUUGCCACUCACCGAAUCAUCCAGAAGCCUGGACUGCGCAAGUGAUUCUUGCAAGGAUGCGCGAGGCGAUUGCCGUAUUCUAUGCGCACUUGGCAUCCAUUCUGUCAUUGCUCGAAUUACGUCAGUGGAAAGCAUCUUUGAUUGAGUGUACUCAGGUCAUUGACCAUUACGUCACUGAGACUCUGCUAGAUGGGAUUGCCCAUCUUAAUUGCUCUGCUGUGAUGGAAAUGGCUGAACUUCUGCAUGAUGCAUUGAUCGCAUAUUCACGUCAGGACACAAGAUCUACAGGCCGCAUUGCCAGUCUUGAAUUGCAACUCGGUUGGACCAUUGGCAACAACUUUGCAAAGACACUGAUUCCCGACGGUUACUCUGUUCAUUGUGGAUAUGCCAAUUGCAUUUGGUUGAAUUUGGUAUCGGUUUGCAACCAUUGCAUUGCUACUAUGGCACCUACGGAGAUUGCUGGUGGUAUUCCUGCAUUUUCACUGAACUUGUCAUUCCUUCUGGUUGACAAAACAUUUGAGUGCUAUUGUGCAUUGAAGGCCUUAUUCACUCGUGCAAUUACUGUUACUGUGUUCAAUUGUCGAGUCUACAAUCCUGUAGACGGACUUGCAGAUUGGUUCGUCUGCAUUGCUCUUCCAGCAUCCAUUGCGGACUCGCUCAUGAGUGAUAGACCAACGGAGAUCACGACCCCAUUGGGUCAACUCAACGCGCAUUUUAAUGCCGAUGCUGCAUUGCGAAGACUCAGAUAUUGGUUUCGACAGGGCAAAUUCACGGCCAUUCAAAACCGUGAAUUGGUCAAGCUGAUUGUGUUUCGACCAUCGCUUGCCAUGAUUGAUACACGCCUCAAGUGCUCAGAAGGAACAGGAGGAUUCCUUCGUUACCAUAAUUGCUCUUUCAUGUGCAAUUCAUGGUCGUUGGCCAUUGACAGUCAGCAUGAUCCCAUUGCGGGCAAGUAUUCCUAUGCAUUGGAUGGAUUGGUUCGACAGUAUAGCAUUGUCCUCACACUUCCUACGAUGACUGUCGAGUCAUUGUCAGCAUUGAUUCAGACUGCAAAUUGUGACGAAGUUACAGAUGAAGACAUUGCCUUAGGUGGCACCGCUUCAAGCACACCGUUAUUGCUGUCCUCGAUGACCACUCAGGAGUAUGACAUUGUGGUCACGGCAGCAGAAUUCGUAGAGAUGAACAUUGAGCUCGGUAGUGCGGAAAGGAAAAUGCAAUUGGAACCUCCAGCAUCAUUUGCAGGAGACAAGGAAAGUUGGGAAGAUUGGAACUGGCAGUUGAGAUUCUACGUAAAGAUUCAUUGUCCAUUGGCUGUGACCAUCUUGGACACUGCGUUGGCACUGGAUAUUGAGGUAGAUGAUUCGCUCAUCAGUUCAUUCUCGAGUCAAGAUUUUCCAGAGGAAAGAUUGCUCGAAUUUUCCACUGAAUUGCAUUAUUUGCUUGUGAAGAUCACGAAAGGAUUUGCUGGAAGCAUUGUCCGUACUGGAAAGCAAGAGAACGGAUUGGAAGCAUGGCGAUUGUUGCAUGAAAGAUUUUGGAUUUCUUGCAGAGACCGUGGAAUGGAAACAUUGAGCCGAAUUCUCCUUUUUGAGUUUAGGAAGGAUUUCUUCGAAGAAGAUUUCAUUGCCUUCGUUGUUCUGAAGAAGAGAUAUGAAGAGAUUGGCGGAGAAGCAUUGAGUGAAGAUGUUCUUGUCGCAUUGCUCAUAAGCAAGACUGAGGAAGCCUUGUCAGGCUUUCUUCGAUUGCAUCAGGAUGCAUUGGGAACAUUCGAUCAGGCCGUUGACUUAGUCAAGAGCUAUUGCAGAUUCUGUCGAUCCACAUCUGGCAGAUUGAUUCAGCCAGCAUCUCAGCAUCAGGUGCUGCGGAUGAUUGUUACAGAGAGCGAAAUCAGAGAUUCUGAGAGGAAGAGAAGCAUUGGAAGAUUGCAGGAAGAAGAAAGAUUUCGAGGCCUUACUACGCGGACAUUGGAAUACAUAUCCCACCUUGUUGAAGAUUCGGAGUUGAUUGGCAAAAUUGAAAAGGAAGGAGUACAGGAGACGGAUGAGGAAAAGGACGCCAGUGAGAUUGAGGAAUCACAGGAAGAUGAGAAAGAAAAGGAAAACGAACCAUUGAAGGAAGAAGGAAGGAAGAGGAACGAGGAGAAAGAGAGCCACCGAUUGGGAGAUGAAGAGGAUUGCAUCAGCACUGAAGAGGAAGGAAAAGAGGAUUCUAUCGACUGCUCGAGCAAUUCGUCGAGCGAGGAUACCUGGUAUUGCAGCGUGAAACAGGUUGAAAGAGAAAAAGAAGAAGAAGAAGAGAGAUUGGAGAAAGAAAAGAGUUGCUGGUUCGCAGAUGCAGCGUUGAACGUUGACAUGGCACACUGUGUUGCGCUGUCGCAAACCAAGCGUUUGGAUUGCGCUAGCGUGGAGAAGCAUUCCGAUUGCAUGUGUGAUCCGAUUGACGACAUGGGCGUUAAGCAUUGCGUUCGGACAUGGCUCAGCUCUAAUUGCGUGUCGGAUUCAACAGAGUCACAUGUCGAUUAUGUUGAGUCUGACUGCAUGAAGAUCGAUUCAUUCACUCUGAUUGCCAUGGCCACCAAUGGAGCCCCGGCAUUGGGCACCCAGGCAUUGGGGCCUGAGUAUGUCAUGGGCCCGCCGGUUGUGACAUUGCCGACGGAUUCGCCAUUGGAGCAAUUCCAUUUCAUUGUGAGCUCGAUUGCCGAGCAUGCACACCCACCGCAUCACAGAUUGAGGUGGAAUUCUGAGAUGGUAUUGUCUCGCAUGCGAGAAGCCAUUGCCAUCUUCUACGCCCACCUGACGUGCAUUGCCUCGUCAUUGGAGCUGCACCAAUGGAGGACGGCACUCAUUGAGACGACACAGAUCAUUGACAAUUAUGUCACCGUGACGUUGGGUGAAGAAGGAGGAUUCAUUCACCUCGAUUGUCCGAUCAUCAUGGAGAUUGCUGAACAGGUGCACGACGCAUUGGCAGCGUAUUCGCGCCAAUACGUGCGAUUCAACCAAAAGAUUGGCGGAAUUGAAGUGCCACUCGGAUGGGGCAUUGGGAACAAGUAUGCCCGAACAUUGACUCCUGAUGGAUUCCCAGGACACAGUGGUUUCGCCAAUUGCAUCUUCCUCCACUUAUUGUGGAUUUGCAACCGAUGCAUUGGAACGAUGAAUCAGGCUGACAUUGCUGAUGGCAACAUUCCCAUCUUUUCGCCAAACUUGGCGUUCCUCAUUGUCGAUAAGACAGUUGAGUGUUAUUGCUCAUUGAAGAGCAUCUUUACAUGCUGCAUUGCUGUCACAUCGUACAAUUGCCGGAAUUACGCCCCGGUGGUCAUUGUGUUUCGACCAUUGAGACGAAUGACUGACGUGCGAUUGAAAGUCCCCGACGGCACGGGAGGCUUUGCAUUGUACCACAAUUGCUCUUUCUUGUCGAGCAGUUGGUGUCUCACGAUUGACAGCCGACAUGACGCGAUUGCCAACACCUAUUCGUACAUUUUGGAUGGAUUGGUACGCCAACAUUCGCUUGUGCUGGAAUUGCCGACUUUGACGGUUGAGUCAUUGGCAUCGAUGAUGCAUAACAGUUGUUAUGCGAAUUGGGUUCCCACGGAGACGGUGCACAGGCAUUGCACCUUGCCAUUGACCCAUCUGGAGAUUGAAGGAUCACCGGAAUUGUAUCUACUUUCGGAAAAUGAUUCAGAGAUUGCUGCGGACGACAUUGCCAGCAGCGCAAGUGCAGGCAUUGAUCCGAGCACAGGCCCUGUGCCUGACUCAUUGACCAGAGAGGAGUACAACAUCAUGUUGUCUACUGCCGCCGCGAUUGCGAAGAAGCGCAAAGGUCGUUGA